AUGUUAUCACAACCUCUAAGUUCUUACAAAGUUCUUGAUCUAUCACGAGUACGUGCUGGACCAACAGCUGUUCGACAAUUGAGUGAUUGGGGUGCUCAUGUAAUUAAAAUUGACAUGCCAAAAGAUAAUUCCAAUGACGAUAAUGAUGAAACUGAUACAUCUGAUUAUCAAAAUAUUCAACGUAAUAAACGUUCAAUAGCAAUUAAUCUUAAAAAUAGUGAUGGAUUACAUAUAUUUAAACAACUUGUUAGUACAGCUGAUAUACUAAUUGAAAGUUUUCGACCUGAUGUUAAAUAUCGUCUUGGUAUUGAUUAUGAAACAUUACGUCAAAUUAAUCCACAAUUAAUUUAUGCAUCUAUAUCAGGAUUUGGUCAAACAGGUCCAUAUAAAAAUCGACCUGGUUAUGAUCAAAUUGUACAAGGUAUGGGUGGUCUUAUGUCUAUAACAGGUUUACCAGGUCAAGGACCAGUUCGUGCUGGUAUUCCCAUAGCUGAUCUUUCGACUGGUUUAAUUCUUGCCAAUGGAAUAUUAAUUGCUCUCUUGGAACGUCAUUCAUCAGGUCAAGGUCAAUGGAUUGAAACAUCAUUACUUGCAACACAAAUUUUUAUGUUAGAUUUACAAGCAGCUCGAUAUCUUGUCGAUGGUCAAAUACCAAUACAAGCUGGUAAUCAUCAUCCAACAACAAUACCAACAGGUACAUUUCGUACACUUGAUGGACAUAUAACAAUAGCUGCAUCUGAACAAAUAGAAUUUCGAAAUUUAUGUAAAAUAUUAAAUAUAGAAAGUUUAAUAACAAAUCCUGAUUAUCUUACAAUUGAAAAACGUUCAAUUAAUCGUGAAAAAUUAAAUAUGGAAUUAGAAAAAAUUUUUUCUACAAAAUCAACUGAUUAUUGGAUAAAUGAAUUAAAUAAAGCAAAUAUUGCAUGUGGACCAAUUUAUCAUAUUAAUGAAACAUUUGCUGAUCCACAAGUAAAACAUUUACAAUUAACAACACAAAUUGAACAUCCAAAACGUGGUUCAAUUGAAAUUCUUGGACAACCAAUAACAAUGAGUCGAUCACAAUGGUUAAUUCAUCGUAUAGCACCACGAUGUGGUGAACAUACAACAGAAAUUCUUAAUGAACUCGGAUAUAAAACGAAUGAAAUUGAUGAUCUUAUCAAUCGACAUGUUGUCUAUGUUUCUUGUUUAUCUGUUAAAUGA